CCUGGCGACUUGGCGACUUCAUAAUGGAUUUGAAAACCUCAAGUAUAAGUGAAAUAUCUGAUCCAUAUAUACCCUCAAGCAAAUCAACGGAUCUAAUAAAGCCAAAGGAUGCAUUGGAAAAGGAAGCAUCUUCAGCGGCACCGAAUAAUGAAGAAUUUAAAGUGUACAAACGCCGCUGGGCCGUUUUAAUAUUGUUUGCAUUUUACUCAGCCUCAAAUUCCAUGCAAUGGAUCCAAUACAGUAUUAUCAACAAUAUUGUCAGUCGAUACUAUGGUGUCAGCGACAAAUGGAUCGAUUGGACAUCAAUGAUAUACAUGAUAUUAUAUAUACCACUGAUAUUUCCCGGCAGUUGGUUUCUAGAUAAAAUGGGAUUACGUAUCACAGCAUUGGUGGGUGCAUUUGGCACUUGUAUAGGUGCCUGGGUAAAAGUAUUUUCGGUUCAACCGGAUUUAUUUAUGGUUGGCUUUGCUGGUCAAAGCAUAGUGGCACUAUCACAGGUGUGUAUUUUGUCGCUGCCCGCACGUUUAGCUGCCGUUUGGUUUGGUCCCGAUCAAGUAUCAUCAGCCUGCAGUGUUGGCGUUUUUGGCAAUCAGCUGGGCGUUGCUUUGGGUUUUGUUCUGCCUCCAAUGUUGGUUGCAAAUAAUGAAGAUCAAGAUAUGGUUGGUCACGAUUUGCAAUGGAUGUUCAAUUAUGUGGCUGGCGUAACCACGGUUUUGGUCAUUUUAAUGGUUCUGUUUUUCCAGGAUAAACCACCCACACCGCCAUCAGCUGCCCAAAAGGUGGCCUUGCCCGGCUCAAUUGAAGCACAGAAUCAAGUUUCGUUUAAGACCUCUUUAAAGAAUUUAAUGCUAAAUCGCAACUAUAUUUUGUUGCUCAUCUCCUAUGGCAUGAAUGUCGGGGUGUUCUAUGCCAUCUCAACGCUGCUGAAUCCGGUGGUGCUUAAAUAUUAUCCUGGCCAUGAGGUGGAUACCGGUCGUAUUGGUUUAGCCAUUGUCUUAUCCGGCAUGUUGGGUUCAGUUGUUUCGGGCAUUAUUUUGGAUAAAUCUCAUAAAUUUAAAGAAACUACAUUGGCUGUGUAUGCAUUUUCCAUGGUAGGAAUGUGGGUGUUUGCCUUUACUUUAGACACCGGAAGUAUUGCUGUCGUUUAUGUAACAGCAUCCUUGUUGGGCUUCUUCAUGACUGGCUAUUUACCGGUUGGCUUUGAAUUUGGUGCUGAACUAACCUUUCCCGAGCCGGAAGGCACAUCAUCGGGUCUGCUGAAUGCCGCCUCACAAGUCUUUGGUAUUAUCUUCACGUCGUUGUAUUCAUGGCUAUUGGGCGACUAUGGCGAUGUUACGGCCAACGUCACAAUGGCAGUGAUGUUGAUAGCGGGCACCAUUAUAACAGCGUUGAUCGGCUCCGACUUGCGUCGACAAAAUGCCCAAGCGACGGGCAAUACAGGAAAUCCAUAGGAUCGUAUAGAUUUUGUUUAAGUAACACAA